GCAAAAAAAAAAAAAAAAAGAGACUUUGAAGUAUUUUGUUUAUACUAACAGAAGAGAAAAGUUCUCCUAAGAAAAAGCUGGUGGCAGGAGUGUAGAGGAGUAGCAUAUGGCAUUAAAAGGAGCACAGCUGGAGGUAGCAUUUCCAUCUGAACAUGAUGUCAGAGCAGCUGACAGCCUGCCAUCCCUCAGCCUUUUAUUCUAACACACAGACAGGGAGUUAGUGUGUGCAGAUCUGUGUGUGGAGAAGGUAUCUCAUUCCUCUCUAACAUCAUCUCCACUUUGCAUCUGUCUCUCCUAGUCUGCUUUUUUUCCACCGAUCUAACAGACCUGGAGCCAGCAAGACUCAGAGGAAAGGACUUAAUCAGGUUUAUGUGUACUAAAGGUAGGAGUAGCAAUAGAUUAGAUACAGCAUAUUUCUGUUUUGGUGUGUUGUUUAUUGAAUUUCAGGGGAAAAAAAAUCACAUUACUUUUCUAACCAAGUUUAGAGGUAAUAUAUGAAAUUGAGUAUUAAAGAGAUAAGUGGACUUGGUCAAAAGGCUUGGGCUGCAGUUGGAGAGUAUCAGUUCUUGGGCACAUUGUUAGCGUUAACUUUAAUGCAUAUCGUGAGAAUGUCUUGGUUUGGAAGGAGGAGAAAGCAAGUUCAUUCUUCAUUUCUGACACCAAAACUGCAAUGGAUUUAGUGGCAAGCCUAAAGAGAAUUCUGCUUUGUGUUCUUGUACUGCAUCUUUUAAAUGACUUUACGGGGGUUUUUAGUGAAAUAUGCAAAAGUGUCCUUUUUUUCAAGAAAGGACCGUUCUGGCUGAAAUGUGUUUGUGGGGAAGUCUUUCAUUAAACUUCACGGUUAAAUAUCCAGCAGCUCAGAACCAUAGUAGCAUACAGCUGUAGUGCUUCUGAAAGAUAGAAAUCAGUUAUGUGUUUAAAAACUUUUGUACCCGGGAGAAUGGCUUGACUGGUUUCCUCUUUUCUUUCUCGUGUGCAGCAUUUGAAAUCUUUUAUUUCAGCAUAACAAUAAUUAUUUGAAGGAGUUUUUGUAUUUGCGACUAAUUUAGAACUUGUAGAUUUGAGCUGCCUGAAUUGGCCAGACAGCUGUAAUCGCACUCCUCUAUUCUUAAUCUCUUUAUCUGGGCAGCAGCUGCCAUAUGGCCACAGUCAGCUGGAUCAGAUGUUUAUAAGCUUCCUUCUUCGUCCCUCUCUGUCCUUUCAGCCUCCUAAUUUGAUCACAGCUACCUUGUGAGCUGCCCUCCAAUCUUUAUUUUUAGCCCUCUUAAGGAUUAGGAUUGAUGUUGGCUGUGGGGCACUUAAAGUGAUUGUAUUGUAAAUCUUCGUGCUUUACUCUAGCAAUGGUAUUUUACAGAAUAUAGUAGGGGUUGUGUUGUAAGUUUUAGUACAUCUUGGUUUGCAAGGGAUGAGGAUUUUACGAUAAUAUGUGCCAGCCUGGAGAGCCACGAUCUGCUUAAAUGGUUUGGGAGACCAUUGCUAUCAAUCACAGAAGAAUAGAUUAAGAUAGGUUUUUGAGAGAUUUUACUUUCCAUUUGAGUUUUUUCUUCUCUACUUCUUUUUUAAGGUUUUUUUUUUCUUUGUCAACAAGGAAGGUGAAUAGAAAAAUACUUGGGUAAGAACAGUACUCAGGAUACUGAUUUUAAAUAUGCACACAUGCACACACGCUCACGUUGAAUGACUUUUUUUUUUUUUUUUUUUUUUUUUUUUUUAAGUUUGGUACUGCAAACUCUGCCUGGUGUGGGAGGGGAGGGAAAUUUCUGUCCUUCUGCACAGGGGAAGCAGUGCUUGUUGGCGUUUUGGUUGUUAGUUUUCUCUUGUAAAUUCUGCAUGUUGGCAAAAAAUGCUCAUGUUCUAUUGUACAGUAUGGGGAAGGUUUAGAACCUGCAACUGUACUUACUACAAGAAGAAAACCACGCAAACUAAAUUUCUGGAAAUCUUGAUUUUGCUGUUGAUAUAAAUUGACACCCGUAAAUAAUUUUUAUACUUUAUGAAUGUUAGACCCUCAGAUUUGGCUAUAUUAGCAUUUCUUCAUGCGCAAACCUCUCCUCUUACUACAAUUUUACUUUGAAAAGAAGGUUGAUGAUGUGAUUUAUUUUUUUUUCUUUCUCCUCAGUGAUCACUCAAACUCACUGUUUAAAAAAAAAAAAAUUUUUGGGGGGGGGGGCGUCUGCCCUCCUAGGGACGCAAUCUGGAGGAAGUUCCCUUAAAAAAAAAAAAAACAACAAAAAAACUGUUGAACAGAUUUUAUGAACAGCAGUGAUACUUGAAAAAAAUUACAAGUGUACCUAUGCACUUAUUAGAACGGCUUAUUUACCACGGAAAGGAAAUCGUAACAUCAGUGAUUGAUGGGGGAAAGAGUUGCCAUCCUACAUGCGUGUUAAAUAAUCUUUGCGUGGUGCCAGUACCAGCAUUCUGGCACUGUUAUGAAGACAGUAUGGAGUUUCCUGACCACAGCAGACAUUUGCUACAGUGUCUGAGUGAGCAGAGACAUCAGGGUUUUCUUUGUGAUUGCACUGUUCUGGUAGGAGAUGCCCAGUUCCGAGCGCACAGAGCUGUACUGGCUUCAUGCAGCAUGUAUUUCCACCUCUUUUACAAGGACCAGCUGGACAAAAGGGACAUUGUUCAUCUGAACAGCGACAUUGUUACAGCCCCAGCUUUCGCUCUCCUGCUUGAAUUCAUGUACGAAGGAAAGCUCCAGUUCAAAGACUUGCCCAUUGAAGACGUGCUAGCAGCUGCCAGUUAUCUCCACAUGUAUGACAUUGUCAAAGUCUGCAAAAAGAAGCUGAAAGAAAAAGCAACCACGGAGGCAGACAGUACAAAAAAGGAGGAAGACGCCUCAAGUUGUUCAGACAAAGUGGAGAGCCUCUCCGACGGCAGCAGCCACAUGCCAGGAGACUUGCCCAGCGAUGAAGACGAUGGAGAAGAUGAAAAAUUGAACAUCCUGCCUAGCAAAAGGGACUUGGCGGCUGAGCCUGGGAACAUGUGGAUGAGAUUGCCCUCAGACUCAGCAGGCAUUCCCCAGACUGGCGGAGAGGCAGAGACGCACACAGCAGCAGCUGGAAAAACAGUAGCCAGCCCCUGCAGCUCAACAGAGUCUUUGUCCCAGAGGUCUGUCACCUCCGUGAGGGAUUCAGCAGAUGUUGACUGCGUGCUGGACCUGUCUGUCAAGUCCAGCCUUUCAGGAGUUGAAAAUUUGAACAGUUCUUAUUUCUCUUCGCAGGACAUGCUUAGAAGCAGCCUGGUUCAGGUGAAGGUGGAGAAAGAGGCUUCCUGUGAUGAGAGUGAUGUUGGCACUAAUGACUAUGAUAUGGAACAUAGCACUGUGAAAGAAAGUGUGAGCACUAAUAACAGGGUACAGUACGAGCCGGCCCACCUGGCUCCGAUGAGGGAAGAUUCGGUCUUGAGGGAGCUAGAUAGAGAGGACAAGGCAAGCGAUGAUGAAAUGAUAACUCCAGAGAACGAGCGAGUCCAGGUGGAAGGAAACAUGGACAGCAGCUUGCUCCCUUACGUGUCAAACAUACUUAGCCCUGCUGGCCAAAUUUUCAUGUGUCCUCUCUGCAACAAGGUCUUUCCUAGCCCCCACAUCCUGCAGAUCCAUUUAAGCACGCACUUUCGAGAGCAGGACGGGAUCCGCAGCAAGCCUGCUACCGAUGUCAAUGUCCCGACCUGCUCAUUGUGUGGUAAGACUUUUUCUUGCAUGUACACCUUGAAACGUCAUGAGAGGACUCAUUCAGGUGAAAAGCCCUACACUUGCACCCAGUGUGGGAAGAGCUUCCAGUACUCCCACAACCUGAGCCGCCACGCGGUGGUUCACACGCGGGAGAAGCCUCAUGCUUGUAAGUGGUGUGAACGCAGGUUCACGCAGUCCGGAGACCUUUACAGACACAUUCGGAAGUUUCACUGUGAGUUGGUGAACUCAUUGUCUGUCAAAAGCGAAGCACUGAGCUUACCUACUGUCAGAGACUGGACCUUAGAAGAUAGCUCACAAGAACUUUGGAAAUAAAAUUUUUAUAUAUAUAAAUAAUAUAUAUAUAAAUCUAUAUAGUUGUGGUACAGUCUAAAAGCAAUCUUGUUUCCUUGAACUGAAAGUUUGGCUAUUAGCUUGUUUUUGCACUUUAAGGCAGCAUGAAUAUUUCACUAAUUUAGCACUCCGAUAAAAAAUGAACUGUAGAGGUAAUCCGACAAAGUAACAAAUUACGGAGCGUUUUUUUUCCCCCUUUUUGGAAUAGAAGCCAGCGGAUACUUUACUUCUAAGGAAUCUCCAAUUCAAAAAAUUUGGACGUGGCUUGAUUUUCCCCAAAACACUGCGUUCUUUUAAGCUCUCGAUCUGUUUCCUCUUAAAAUCUGAAUGUAGAAAUCCUCUCCCAAUUUUGUCAGUUCCUUUACAUUUCUAUAAUUGCAUGAGUCCUUUCUAGCUGUUGGAAACCUGAAUGCUUUUAGACCCAAAUGGAAAAUUUCUGAAAUGCUGGAUUAUCUAUUUUUAAACAAGCGUUUGACUUAAAACUUAUUAUGGCAACUUCUGGAUUUCUGACAGUUCCCACUGGAAAAAAAACACAAAAAAACACAAAACAAAAAACAACACAAAAACAUAAAACAAAAACCCUGAGAGUACACUGGGAUCACUGGGACUCUGUCUUACGUGAAGGUUUGCUUGGGAUGAAAAAGGAUAUUGCAGCUUCAGCAGUGAUGAACUGUGUGUUUAAAAAAUGUGAAUUACUGUUAUUGUAUACUGUAAUUGAUUACAUGGGCCGGGGGGAGGUAUCAAAGAACUUGGCAGGUUGUGUUGAUGCUCUUAGUUGAGUCUUGAAAAGUAAAUAUUAACGCUACAGAAAUGCAUGAUUUUCAGUAUAUUUUUGUCUUUGUUUGCAUUGUAUAACUUUAACGAGUGAGUUGAAAAUUAUUUAAUUUCCUUAGGAAAAAAAACCGACACCGUUGAAAAUGCCAGUGUUACGAAGAAGAGAAAUGCACUGUUUUUAUUUUAUCUAAUUUAAAUUUACUUU